ACAUUCCAAAGGAAUUCGACCAAUAACGAAGAGAUGGUACAUUCGCACAAUGCAGGACAGAUAUUGGACUCUGGAAACUGGAGGUGAAUUCAGGCUGUUGGAGACAAGAGAUCGUCGAACGCUCUGUUUGACCUGGUGUGGCAGGGAGAUGGUUCAGUGUCGUUCAGAGCUAAUAAUGGAAAGUAUGUGGCCACUAAGAGAUCGGGCCAUCUGUACGCCAACUCAGACACUGUGGCGACGAGACCUGCAAGUAUUUCUUCUAUCUUAUCAACAGGCCAAUCCUAGUCCUGAAAUGCGAGCAGGGCUUCGUGGGAUACAAGGCAGGCUCCAAUGUCAGACUGGAAUGCAACAGAGCUACUUACUGCACUAUUCAAGUGGAACGGGGAGAACGUGGUGUUGUGUAUUUCAAAG